AUGACACAAGCAUCGAUCAAUUACGGCCGCGGCCCCGCGCAGACGUUGGCGUGGAAUAGACACGAUCGAGGCUGGCGACAGAUGUGUUCGCCGAUGACGCCGCCGCUCCGAAGCGGAAGGGUGGCGGGCCUUCAAUUGGCACAAUUGCCAGCAAUUGUGGGCGGAAUGUCCGGGCGACGGGCCCGCGCCGCCGUCGCCCGAAUAAAAUGUGGCGCUCAGACGCGUUGGCUAAUUGGUCCACCUUUCGAUUGUGGUUGCGCGACCGCUCGUGGCUGUGGCAACCGAUUCUACCGCGGAUUGUGCCACCGAUAUUUGUGCUCCGGUGGCAAUGUUUUGAAGUCCGAUUGGAUG